AUGUUUUUUUUUUAUGUUUUUUUAUUGAGCCGAGGGUCUUUCGGAAACAGCCGUCCUACCUUGGUAGGAGUAAGGUCUGCGUACACUCUACCCUCCCCAGACCCCACGUGGUGGGAUUUCACUGGGUUGUUGUUGUUGUUGUUGUUGUACACUCCACUUAUGCAGAAGGACAGAGCUAUUUAUCGAGCCACACUAGAUUAUGAUGGGAAUUUUCGACUCUAUUCUCAUGAAUUCGACUCCAAUGGUAAUUCUAAAAUGGUAGUGGAGUGGGAGGCGAUCGAUGAUCUCUGUCUUGUGAAGGGUUUCUGUGGCCUUAACAGUUAUUGCAUUAGAAGUGAUCACAAUGCACCCUCUUGUAUGUGUCUACCAGGGUCAUACUUGAGAGAGAAUGAUCCAACCUUUGGUGAUUGUCAACGGAACUUCACUAGAGGAAAUUGCAUUAAUGGGAAAGAAGAUGCAAGCGUCUAUAAGAUUACUACUACAACCAAUUUGACCUGGGAGGAUCCUCCUUACUUUGUUACAUCAUUUCUAGGAAAAGAAGAUUGUGGCAAAUCUUGUUUGGAGGACUGUGAUUGUGAUGCUUCCCUCUUCGACGAAAAUGGCCAGUGUAUGAAACACAAGCUGCCUUUGAGGUAUGUCAAAGGUGAUCGUGAAGGAUCUCGCACUGAUUUCUUUAAAGUCAGCAAUCUAGCAGUGCAAAAUCCAACAACGGAUUCAGUGAAGCCACCAUGGGUGGUGAUCUUGGUUUUAUCGAUAAGUUUUGUUAUGUAUUCAGGUACUGCUCUUGCAUUUUCAGGAUUUUAUGUCUUCAAAUUCCAGAUAAUAAAGUACAGGAAGCUAUUGCAGACAGGAACCACAGGCUUAACGAAAGACUUCAUACUCAGAACUUGCUCUUACAGGGAGCUAAAACAGGCAACUAAUGGUUUCAAGGAGGAACUAGGAAAGGGUGCUUUCGGAGCAGUUUACAAAGGGAGCUUUGAUAAAGGUCAAAGCCUUGUGGAAGUGAAGAGGCUAGAGAAAGUAGUCGACGAAGGUGAAAGGGAGUUCAGAGCAGAAAUGAGGGUCAUUGGUAGAACUCGACACAGAAAUUUGGUUCGUUUGCUUGGAUAUUGUGCUGAAGGCUCAAAAAGAGCUCUAGUUUAUGAAUAUAUGAGCAAUGGUUGCCUAGCAAAUCUCUUGUUCCGAGGAGCUACUCGCCCUGCUUGGAACCUCAGAGUGAAUGUUGCACUAGAUGUCGCCAGGGGAAUCCUUUACCUCCAUGAAGAAUGUGAAGCUCCAAUUAUCCACUGUGAUAUAAAACCACAAAACAUCUUACUCGAUGAGUUGUUGACAGCUAAAAUCUCAGACUUCGGGCUGGCCAAGCUACUAAUGCCUGAUCAAACAAGAACAUUCACUGGUGUAAGAGGGACUAGAGGGUAUUUGGCACCAGAAUGGCAAACAAAUGCCCCAAUCUCUGUCAAGGUUGAUGUGUACAGCUAUGGUAUUGUGUUGCUAGAAAUCAUUUGCUGCAGAAGAAAUAUUGAAGUCUAUGUGACUAAUAUAGAAGAAAUCCAGCUGUCUAAAUGGGCAUAUAGUUGCCUUGUAGGUAGUGAACUGGACAAGCUUGUUGGAAGUGAAGAAGUAGACAAGAAGACCUUGGAGGGAAUGAAUUCUGUGGCGAUCUGGUGCAUUCAGGAUGAACCAGCCCUUCGUCCUCCCAUGAAAAAAGUAUUACAGAUGUUACAGGGAAUCAUUGAUAUUCCAGUUCCUCCAUGUCCAAGUCCCAGUAGUUAAUUUCAUGUAAAAUCAGUUGUUGUAACUCGUAAGCAUGAUUGGUUUGGUUUACUUUUGUAUUCUUCAAUAUUAUCUUUUAAUGGAUCCAUUUACCUCGUAAAUCUUAAAGCAUAGGGAAAAUUUAUGCAUUAAUUACAAAUGAGAAUAGUUAGUUCUAACUUAGUUCAGAUUAUGCUUGAAUGAGAAAAGGUAUAAAGUUAAGGUUCUUGAAUUUGAAAUAAAGAAGGGAUAUGGCCAAGCAUAAAUGCCUAUCAUCUGAUAACACAUUUAAGAGAAGGCAAGAAAGGGUAGAAAACAACAUUGAGUUGUUGCCAGAAUUUCUUAUGGAACACAUAAGUGGUAGUGAAAAUGGAGAUGAAGGUAGAUAUGACUCAUUUUAUCUGGCUGCUUUCAACUAAUAGGGACUUUAGUACCAUCUCUUCCUGGAAAGCUCGUAGACAGGACAGAAAUGCAAUAGAAACUUUCAGCAGGAUUUGGCGCAAACGAAGCUACCUAUUGAUUACAGUAUAAGUAACUUUGGACAUAAUAUUGCUUCUAAAUGUGCAUGAUGAGACAAUUCAUCAUGUGUUUAUGGUGGGAGAAGUCCCUAAGAGGAUCUGGAGAUCAUUUUACGGGCCCUAUGGGUGUAAUCCAGGAAGAUAUUACUGUAAUGAGAAUGUUUUAGAAGUGUUUGAGUAUAAAAAUAGUGAACAUAUUAAUUACACCAGGAGAUUAAGAGAAUUAUGCCUUCGAUCAUAUGUUGGGAGUUAUGGAUAUUUAGACGUACGAGAAUAUAUGGGAAUAUUAAGGUAUCGAUGGCCACUAGAUUUUGAGCUUCUUAAGGUGGAUCAUACUUCAAUAUGGUAAUGUGAUUACUGAUACAUUAGCUUGGCAAGGAAUCUGUGAGCAAUUAACUAAAGCUUAAACAACAGAUGAGAUGUAUAGUGGUUACAUGGGAGAAACCAAUGAUGAACUGAAUAAAGGUGAAUACUGAUGAGAGCAAAGAGAGUCAAUGAGCUACUGGAGCAGGAGGGACAGUCAGGAUGAUAAAGGAGAAAUGCUGAUUGCAUUUGCAUUACCUUUGGGAAAUAGGACACAUAAUUCAUAUGAAGCUAAUACAGUCUUGUUAAUUAGGAUUGGAAUGGGAAAUAUCGAGUAGGCCUUCCUGGCACCUUGAUAAUAUUGUGGUUAAAGCAAGGCAGAUUAAUUCUUUAUCAAACCAAUGGCACGACACAAUAUUGUAUGGCUGUAGAGAAGGAAAUCAAGUAGCGGAUGCACUGGCUAAGUGGAGUCUAAAGGGGCAUACAUCUAUCAGUUCAAUGACUUACUAGAAGAAGCUAAGGCUGCAUACAAAUUGGACAAAAUCCAGAUGUCUAGUCAAAGGCGCAGUCUAUAUAUGCAACAAGAUUUUAAGAACUUCACUAAGACAUGAUGAACUAGUUUGUAUUUUGCAUGUUCUGGAAAUAGAAAACCCAUGUACAAAUGAGGAAGUCCUCCUAAUUUAUUUUUAAAUCAAUAUUCACUAUGGAGGAAUCCUCCAUGACAGAGUUAU